UUUGGUCUUUUCCCUUAAACUCUGUUCGAUCUCCACCGCAAUCCUUUUUCUCUUUCUCUCCGUUCUCGAUCUAACUCAACAAAUUGAGCACUUGGUGGCCACUGUGUUGAUCUAGAUCCAGGGCUUAUGGGCUUAUUCUUUUUGGGUAUUUCAAUUUGGCUCUUUCCAGUCGUUCCUCUUCCUCUCUCGUGCGAGGUCAUUCAACUCAGAUGCUUUCAAUUCAAUGGCGAGGUCAUUCGUGCGAGUUUCGUUCUGUCCGAGCGCAAUUUCAAUUCAACUCAGAUGCUUUCUCUUCUCUGCUGACGGAGAGUUCGCAUCUUGGGUCAGUUCUCAACCUCUUUUUGCACGAGUGGGUUUGCUUUGAAGAGAAAAAUUGCAGGACAGUGAUUGGAAGAAGAAUUCAGUGUUCAGCACAAGCACCACCUCCAGCUUGGCUAGGAAGUGCUUUUCCGGAGCCGGGCCAGAGGACUUGAGAUGGUCCAAAAGCCUAGUUCUGUUGUUGGAUCUACUGGUUCCAUUGGAACCCAGACAUUGGACAUUGUUGCAGAGAACCCGAAAAAAUUCAGAGUUGUGGCCCUAGUAGCUGGCUCAAAUGUGACUCUUCUUGUUGAUCAGUUGUCAAGUCCACUAUCCAAGGGGCCGCUAAAUGUUCAGUCUCAGGACCUUGUGAGGAAUGAUAGUAGAGGGCUGGAUGUUCCUUCAUCACUAGCUGUGACUGCAGAUAAAACUGAUGGUACAGUUGCUCUGGUGAAAUCAGGUCCUGAGAAAGUUAAAACUACCCCUGCAGGAGAAUAUCUUACUUCUGCCUUGAAUGAUUUUGACCCUGAACAACAUGACAGUCUUGCUGCCAUUUCAGAUGGUGCAAACAAACUUUUGAUGCUGGUUCUGGCUGCAGUAAUUAAAGCUGGGGCUUCUAGGGAGCAUGAAAUACUUGCUGAAAUAAGAGAUGUUGUUUUCUCUUUUAUUCGUAAAAUGGAACCGCAGAGGGUAAUGGACACCAUGCUUGUAUCCCGUGUUAGAAUUUUGUAUAUUACAUCUUUGCUUGCUAGAUCACCAGAGCUGCAGUCCAUCAAGGUUUCUCCCGUUGAGAAUUUUCUAGAGAAGGUAAUACUGGACGUAGUAGAAGCUCCAGUCGGGGUAGCAGCCCUGGAAGAAGUCCUGUGAGCAUAUGUGGAGAAACACGAGUUUGUUUCUGAUGUAGUGCUGAAUGAGGAAGUGUUUAAUGAUAAGGCUUUAUGCUCAACUUGGAGGGAUGAUGGGGCGACUGUCUUCUCUUGAGGCUGUGACAAGCAAGCUAAGAUGUGGUCAUUGGCUACAAACCAACAAUGAUUGUUGCUCUGCAUGAAGCCCCCAUUAAAGACAUGGCCGGGAUCCCCCAUUAAAGAAAUUAUUGUGGUCCUGUUGUUUGCAGUAUUUUCCUACUGCUGCUUCUUAUGUGGACUCCUAUUUUAAUUUUUUUGCUUUAUGUACUUGAAAAAGGAAAACAA